AGUGGCCUUGUCCUCCACCUUUUUCUUAUUGUGCAGACAACCGCCCAGCUCUUAUCAGCCUCCAGCCAUCAGUCCUUUGAGACCGAACACCAUGCCUUCAAUUAAGUUGCAGAGUUCUGAUGGAGAGAUAUUUGAAGUUGAUGUGGAAAUUGCCAAACAGUCUGUGACUAUCAAGACCAUGUUGGAAGAUUUGGGAAUGGAUGAUGAAGGAGAUGAUGACCCAGUUCCUCUACCAAAUGUUAACGCAGCAAUACUAAAAAAGGUCAUUCAGUGGUGCACCCACCACAAGGAUGACCCUCCUCCUCCUGAGGAUGAUGAGAACAAAGAAAAGCGAAAAAAUGAUAUCCCUGUUUGGGACCAAGAAUUCCUGAAAGUUGACCAAGGAACACUUUUUGAACUUAUUCUGGCUGCAAACUACUUAGACAUCAAAGGUUUGCUUGAUGUUACGUGCAAGACUGUUGCUAAUAUGAUCAAGGGGAAAACUCCUGAGGAGAUUCGUAAGACCUUCAAUAUCAAAAAUGACUUUACUGAAGAGGAGGAAGCCCAGGUAUGCAAAGAGAACCAGUGGUGUGAAGAGAAAUGAAAUGUUGUGCCUGACACUGUAACACUGUAAGGAUUGUUUCAAAUACUAGUUGCACUGCUCUGUUUAUAAUUGUUAAUAUGAGACAAACAGUAGACAAAUGCAGCAGCAAAUCCGUUGUAUUAGCAGAAUAUUGUCCUCAUCGCAUGUGUAGUUUGAGUACAGACUCCAAACCUAUGGUUGACUUUCUUCUAGUAUGAUCGAAAGUUUCUUUUUUCUUUGCUCUGAAUAAAACUGAACUGUGGGUUCUCUAUAUAGAAAGUGGCA